AUGGAUGUGCUUGUGAAAUGGGAUGAUGGAACUGUCAAUUGCGUAAACACUAGAUGCCUGAAAACCAUUAAAAAACGUGGUAAAUAUAAAAUUGGAGCAAGAGUGAAGAUGUUUUUUGAUGAAAAAUGGUAUUUUGGCAGUAUAACAAUGGUAGAAAAUACAGCAAAUGUUUUAACGACUGAAGACCAAUCAGAUUCUUCGGAUAAUGAACCUCUGUCUAAGAAAAUUGUUCUUCAACCUAAUUACAAACAAGUUAGUUCUUCCAGUAGCAUAAGCGUGCAUCAAAACAAUAACAUUUUAAUAGGUCCAUUUAAUAGAGAACCUAUUUUAACAGAACUUCUUCCCUUGAUACCUGAUAACUUUGGGGUUGAAAAUAAUUGUGAAAUUAAUCUAUCAAAGGUUAUAAGCAAAAUACCUGACGAAAAUAAUUUACCUACCACUUCUCAUCAUGAGAAUAAGGAAAAAGAUAAGCAAAAGUCAGAAGAUUCGAACAUGUCAGAUUCCUAUGAUGUACGUGAACCUUAUAGCGAUAUUGACCUAAACGACAGAGAAGAUCCAACUUACCACAUACAAAGUUGUGAAGUUCCUCGAUGCAAGCAAGAAGUAUUCAGUUCAUGUCACCUGUGCAAAAUAUUGUUAUGUUGGGAUCAUUUUCAAGAAGAAUUGCCAAAUUGCGUUAGUCAUCUUCAUCUAGACUCUGAUGAAGAUGUCAUUCGAAAACGACCAAUACAAAAAACCCCUGUUAACAAAAUAAUAAAAAUCCCAGAAGACUUUUUCGUAGAAGGUUCACCAAAAGAAUAUCAAGAAGUGAAGCAGCCUAGAAAAAAUAAAAGAAAGAUUGCCAAAGUUUUAAAAAAUAGUGGAAAAGAGUAUGUUUCCGUGAAAACUAAGAAGACUAUCCCAGAACGUAAAUUAGGACCGGCUUGUAAUGCAGAAUGGUGUAAAAAAGGCGGAAGAGAAUGCAGAAAGUUUAGCGAGGAAAUACGGCAGGCUAUAUUUUCGGAUUUUUAUAAUUUAGCUGAUUUGCAAUUACAACGAGAAUUUAUUGUUCGAUUCGUAGAACAAACACCAAAAAAGUCGAAUACAAAACCAGAUGACAACUCUCGACGAACGUACACGAAAACUUUUUUCCUUCCAUGUAAUGGUGAACGAAGUAAGGUUUGCCGUAAGAUGUUUAUUAAUACUCUUGAUAUAGGUGAAAAACGAUUGCGGAAUACUGUAAAAAAAAAUCAAAGCACCGGCGUUGUUGAAAAAGAUAAACGCGGUGGUCGCGAUAAGAUAUCCGCUCUUAAAGAUAAGGCUCUUAGAGACACUAUAACCAGUCACAUUAAUAAAUUCCCACGUGUUGAGUCUCACUAUUGUCGCAAAGAUAGUUCCAGAGAAUAUUUACAUGGGGAUUUAACUUUAAGAAAGAUGUACGGGAUGUUUUUAAAUGAGUUGCCGGUCACCAAAAGCAAACCAAGUUUUUCAUUAUACAGGGUAAUCUUCAAAAAAAUGAAUUUGUCAUUCCAUAAGCCUAAAAAAGACCAGUGUGGUGUUUGCAGAGUUUUUCACGAAGGAAGUGAAGAAGAAAAAACAAAAAUAAAAGACAUUUACGAUAAACACAUAGUGGAGAAAGAAGCAGUCCGUAAACUAAAAGACAAUUUUAAAAGUGCUGCUAAAAAUGAUCCAAAAAUGUUUUGUGCUUGUUUCGAUUUGCAACAGGUGAUAUCUUUGCCUAUUUCUAAUGACAAUGCCAUUUUUUAUAAACGUAGGUUGUCUGUUUUUAACUUUACGAUUUAUGACUUAGCCAACCGUGACUGUUAUUGUCUGACUUGGGAUGAAUGUUCUAGUGGCCGCGGAUCUUCUGAAAUUGCCACCGCGGUUAUAAUGAUCUUAAAAAAAUACGAUGAAGAAAAAUAUGUUUCUUCUGCCCAAUUGUUUUCAGAUGGCUGUGGCGGGCAAAAUAAAAAUUCGAUUAUGGCAACUGCUCUUUUAUAUACGGUUUUGCAAUCAAAACACCUGGCGGAAAUAAGUCUUAGAUUUUUUUCGCCUAACCAUGGGCAGAGUGAAGGAGACUCUGCCCAUAGUGCAAUUACACACGCUAUUAAAAAAGCUGGAGAUUUGUUCACUCCAAGUCAAUUAGUACCAGUAUUUCGGUUGGCAAGGCAAAACAACACUUAUAAGGUUUACCAAUUAAAUUAUGAUGACUUUUUGGAUUAUAAAAAGUUAAGCGAAGAUCUAAGAAUCAAAUCUAUAAAAAAAGAUGAUGCCGGAAAUGAAUUUAAAUGGUCAGAUAUAUUUGAAUUUUUUGUAAAAAAGGAAAACCCUGAUAAAAUAUUUUUUAAAACUAGCCACGUAGACAAACAAUACCGUUCAAUGUCUUUAAAAAGAGAAAACAAGUUACAUUUUUUGACAAUCAAAAAAUUAAAUAAAAAACAAAGGUCCAUAUCAAUGUUAAAGUAUGAAAAUCUAAUAUCCCUUUGUUCUGGUCUUAAACCUGUUAUUUCUUCGCCUGAAAAUAAAUUAUUUUACCGCUCAUUACCACAUUCUCAAAAUUAA